GCGAGGCGGAACGCUUGUGCCGGGGGCUCGGUGCCCGGCCGGGGCGGGGAGCGGCGGCACCGGCGGAAGAGGAAGCGGCGGGGCCGGCAUGGAGGAGCCCGAGAUGCAGCUGAAGUUACGGACAAGUUCACGGAGAGCAUGUACGUCCUGGCCAACGAGCCCUCCGUGGCGCUUUAUCGCCUCCAGGAGCACGUCAGGAGAUCGCUUCCAGAGCUCGCUCAGCACAAGCCUCCCAGCAUCUCCUGCCCUGGGUGCUGGCUCCUGCAGUGACGGUGCAGGUCAGGGCGAAGCUUCUGAGCCCUUUUUUUGGCUCCUGCCUUUGUGUUUACUCGUGCAUCCACGUGGCGAGGGCCGGAAGAAAAUGUCCGACAUGCAGAGCUGGGAGGAGCAAAGCCAAGGAGCCAUCUACACGGUGGAGUACGCCUGCAGUGCCAUAAAGAACAUGACGGACAGCAGCGUGUACUUCAAGAGCAUCGACAGCCUGCUCAAGCACGCCAUCGCCAUGAAGGAUCAGCUGAACGCUGCUCAGGGCCGCAGCACCGCUGGCCCACAAGCCAAGAAUCCUCCAGCUAGUUCCUGAUUUCGGACAAGACUGGCUGUCCUCUGCCUUCUUCUCCAGCCCAGCUCCGUGCUCACCGACCACGUGGAGGAAUAAGAACCCUUCCGCUCAGUCUGUGAAGCUGCCCACAGGUCGGCCUGCCUCGCUGUUCCCAGUAACGAGGUGCUGCACCUGAGCAGGCAAAAAAAUUCCUGGGGUCAGGACUGCCUUUGUGGGGCAGCCUCUUCCCACACUGUUCUGCAAAAAAGGGAAACGGGGUGGUUCUGCAUUUGUCCUUUCCAGUUCUUUCUGAUGGCAGACUGCUACGAGGCGUUUUUCUCUCUACCUCUUGGCCACAGAAGUAUCUCAGCAAAAACUAGGUCUUGCUUUCAGUAUUUCGUAGGUGGCUGUGGAAAGACUUAAUGUAGGCACACUUCAGCUUUGUUCGGGAGGCAUUCUGCAGGGAGAGUUUCUCGUGUGUGUGCCAGGAAGUGCUGAAUUUGGUCUUAGUGAGAACAAUAAUAAAAAGGCAAAACAAAUAA